GAUACGUAAGUUUGUUUCAAACCGCCUUUCUAGUACAUCGGAACCAAUCUCCUAGGCAAAUUUCCCUACGUUAUUAAAAUGAAGGCAUUUGAUAGCAAGAUCAACGACGAAACUUCUAAAACGUCUUCUAUGAAGUUAUCCACUGGUGUUGCAACUGCUUUGUUUGUGCUUGUGGCGUGUGGCUUGGCUGGGAUACAAUUCUACGCUGUAUACAAUCGUUACAUAGAACUUUCGAACCGCAUUGCUGACUUGGAAAAUAGCGUCAAAGAUCUAAAGGGAAGAGUUCAAGAACUUGAGGCUGUAGAGACUGGGCCUAGACAGGAUUCUGCAUCGCGUCAGAGCAAAGAUAUAAAUGUGUAUCAAAGACGUCGUCGGUCAGUCUCCGACACAGAAAGCCAAGCCAUAG